AUGUGUUUUAUUUGCUCUGGCAACGAGCCAAACUGCCAAGCGGCCAAGCGGCCAAAUGGCCAAAUGGCAAUUAUGUUCCAUUCAUCCAUCAUAAUGCAACGUCGCUUGCUGCUGGCGCUCGGCUUGUGUCUGCUCAUUGGAAGAGCGCAGGCGCAGCUCAUUGGCGGCGAGGAGGAUGAGGAGGAGGAGGAAGAGGAGGAGGAGGAGGAGGAAAGUAUCGAGGAUGAGACGCCCGAAGAGAAAUUGCAGCGCAAAAACAUCAAGCAGGACUCGAACCUAACAGUGGAUAAAUUAAUUGCCAAGUACGGUUACCAGGCGGAAGUGCAUUAUGUGACCACAGAGGAUGGCUACAUUCUAACAAUGCAUCGCAUACGCAAUUCGGGCGCCCAGCCCUUUCUACUACAGCAUGGGCUCGUUGACAGCUCGGCGGGCUUCGUGGUCAUGGGCCCCAACGUGAGUCUGGGCUACUUGCUGGCCGACCACAACUAUGACGUUUGGCUGGGCAAUGCGCGUGGCAAUCGCUACUCGAGAAACCACACCACACUCGAUCCGGAUGCCUCCAAGUUCUGGGACUUCAGUUGGCAUGAAAUUGGCAUGUACGAUCUGCCGGCAAUGAUCGAUCAUGUGCUUAAAGUGACCGGCUAUAAGAAAGUGCAAUACGCUGGACAUUCCCAGGGCUGCACGGCCUUCUUUGUCAUGUGCUCCAUGCGACCGGCGUACAACGAUAAGGUCGUCUCCAUGCAGGCCAUGGCUCCGGCUGUCUAUGCCAAAGAAACAGAAGAUCAUCCCUAUAUACGUGCCAUCAGCUUGUAUUUCAAUACCCUUGUGGGCAGCUCCAUAACAGAAAUGUUCAAUGGUGAAUUUCGGUUUCUCUGUCGCAUGACCGAAGAAACGGAAAGACUUUGCAUUGAAGCUGUCUUUGGCAUUGUGGGGCGCAAUUGGAACGAGUUCAACAGGAAAAUGUUUCCCGUUGUUUUGGGCCACUAUCCAGCAGGCGUGGCCGCCAAGCAGGUCAAGCACUUUAUACAAAUCAUCAAGAGUGGCAGAUUCGCGCCCUACAGCUAUAGUUCCAACAAGAACAUGGCAUUGUAUAGAGAGCAUGUGCCGCCACGCUACAAUCUGAGCCUGGUGACGGUGCCGACUUUUGUUUAUUAUUCAUCCAACGAUUUGCUGUGUCAUCCGCACGACGUGGAGUCCAUGUGUGAGGACCUGGGCAAUGUGACUGGCAAGUAUUUGGUGCCCCUAAAGGAGUUCAACCACAUGGACUUCCUCUGGGCAGUCGACGUACGAAAGCUGCUCUAUAGCCGCAUGCUGCAAGUGCUGGGCAAGCAGUCGCCGGCGAAGGAUGUGGAGGGCGAGGUCAAGGGUCUGAGGAUACGAGGUCGUGCAAUUGGCCUACAUGCGAACUGA